AUGGAGGUCACACAGUACAGAGAGUUGAAAGGCUGCGGACCAAUCUGUGUGCGAGGACGGCCAGUUCGGUUCUUUAACACAGUCCGCGAGUAUGUUGACCAAGCAUUGGUGCAAAGAGACCUCCCUCUCUGCAAGAAGGUUUCUCUGCCGCCAACAGACAACACCCAGUUUCUGUGCACCAAAAAGGCGUUGCUGGAGCUGUUGGGCUGGGCCUGGACUCGUGCACAGCUGCAGCAGUUCGAGGCUAAAGUAGCUGCUCAAGCACGGUGUGCAUCUUUCCUCAAACUCAAGGGUGGUUCGUGGUGA